AUGGAUGACUGCAUAGAUAUUCUUCAUCAACUAGGCCUUGGAGGCCAAGAUGUAACACACUCAUCGCCAGUGACUGCUCUGUCAUCAUCAUCUACACCAUUACCUCAGGGGUUUCAUUUCACAGAACCAGUUGUCAUUCUAAAAAAUGACACUUAUAUUGAGUUACCUCUCAUGAACAUUUUACCAGUCAACUUAGGACAGUCAUUUACAAUAUUAGUUGGGUUACAGUCAUAUAGAGUGAACAAUGCAUUUCUCUUCAGCAUCAGAACUAAAAACAAACUGCACUUAGGAGUCCAAUUACUACCUAAAAAGUUAGCAGUUUACAUUGGAGGAAAGCAGUCCGUUGUGUUCAACUCCAGUAUUCAUGAUGGGCGAUGGCAUUCAUUUGCCAUUGCUGUUACAGACCAACUUGUUUCCAUGUUUGUUGAGUGUGGAAAGAAAUAUUUUAGCGGUGAGAUUGUUUCUGAAGUCCAGACUUUUGAUCCUAACAGUGUGUUUACCUUGGGAAGUUUGAACAAUCAUUCAAUCCGUUUUGAAGGAAUAGUGUGUCAGUUGGAUGUUAUUCCUUCUACUGAGGCAGCCCCAGACUACUGCAGGUAUGUGAAACAGCGGUGUCACCCAGAAGAAAGAUUGCAACCUGAGUCAAGCCUUCACACAACUACCAUUCCAACUAAGAUCACGGAAUGCUCUCCCAUGCACAAACGAUGUGGUGCAAAAGGACUCUCGGAGGAUGUGCUUACUGAAGGCAAAAGCAUUCUAAGUAUCAUAAAUGACUCUACGAACGUGCAUAAAAUACAAGAACGACAGACACCAAGAUCUCAGUUAACUGCUCUUCAUUCAAGAGACGUCUCUGCUGUGGAUUUCACCAGCCAUGGGAUUCAGGCCAAAGCAGUGAUUCCUGAGAAACACAUUCAAACAAAUUUAAGCCUGACAGUGACUCAUCCUCACCUCACUGACACAACAAACACCAACAACAAAUUGACUUCUCUUACAAAUGUGUUUGACAAUAGCACAGCACAGAAUGAUAAAGGAAUUGGUUUGUCACUGCUUAAGAAAAUGUCAUCUAUUCUUCCACAUAUAAAGCAAGAUGAAAUUACUGAUCACAAGAAUGCUGUCACUGCCAAUCUACAUACUAAUGAACUAAUGGAAAUGCAGCGUAUUUUAAAUACAACUUUCUAUAAAGUGACAGAUGAGCCAGCUGUCAAUAAUCACCUUGACUUAAGGAAGGAAGGUGAAUUUUAUCCUGAUGCUACUUAUCCCAUCGAAAAUAGUUAUGAAGCUAAGCUUUAUGAUUAUUAUUAUUAUUAUGAGGAUCUUAAUACAAUGUUUGACGUGGAGUAUCUGAGAGGGCCAAAAGGGGACACUGGACCUCCCGGUCCACCUGGUCCAGCAGGUAUGCCUGGCCCAUCAGGAAAGAGAGGUCCAAGGGGCAUACCAGGACCACAUGGAAAUCCUGGGUUACCUGGAUUACCAGGUCCAAAGGGAGCCAAAGGAGAUCCGGGUUUUUCCCCAGGACAAGCAGUUUCUGGAAAAAAGGGUGAUCAAGGUCUCACUGGAUUAGUGGGUCCCCCUGGUGUGCGAGGCCAUAAGGGUGCCAAAGGACAUAUGGGACUCCCAGGCCUCCAAGGUGACCAAGGAAUCCCAGGAUUUGCUGGUAAUAUUGGUUCACCUGGUUACCCUGGCAGGCAGGGUUUAGCUGGACCAGAAGGUAAUCCAGGUCCAAAGGGUGUCCGAGGUUUUAUUGGCUCUCCCGGAGAAGCAGGACAAUUGGGACCUGAGGGAGAACGGGGCAGUCCUGGGAGCCGUGGAAAGAGAGGUCUUAAGGGAAGGCAGGGUUUUCCAGGUGACUUUGGGGAAAGAGGCCCAGCUGGUCUUGACGGCAGCCCUGGACUUGUAGGUGGCAUUGGUCCUCCAGGCUUUCCUGGGAUUAGAGGCAGUGUAGGUCCUGUGGGACCAAUUGGAGCUUCUGGAAUUCCUGGCCCAAUGGGUCUUUCAGGGAAUAAGGGACUACCUGGAAUCAAAGGUGAUAAGGGUGAACAAGGCAUUACAGGAGAGCCAGGAGAGCCAGGGUAUCCUGGAGACAAGGGCACUGCUGGUUCGCCAGGACCACCGGGAAUGAGAGGAAAGCCCGGACUUUCAGGCCAACCAGGUGACCCAGGACCCCAGGGACCACCUGGCCCUCCAGGACCAGAGGGUUUUCCAGGAGAUAUUGGGAUUCCUGGACAAAAUGGCCCCGAAGGACUGAAGGGACUCCUUGGAAGCAGAGGGCCUCCUGGACCUGCUGGCCUCAAAGGCACUCAGGGAGAAGAAGGACCAAUGGGCCCCUUUGGAGAACUGGGGCCUAGAGGAAAGCCAGGUCAGAAGGGGAAUGUAGGUGAGCCAGGACCGGAAGGCUUAAAGGGAGAAGUAGGAGAUCAAGGAGCUACUGGAAAAAUUGGAGACACAGGACCUGUUGGCUUACCUGGAGAAAUUGGCAUAACUGGAAACAUUGGUGAAAAGGGAGAUCGUGGCAGUCCAGGGCCCGUGGGUCCCCAGGGAGAAAAGGGUGCCACGGGAUAUCCAGGUCCUCCUGGGAUUCCAGGACCCGUGGGUCCUUUGGGAUUACCUGGUCCUGUGGGGUCAAGAGGACCACCUGGUAGUCAAGGUCCUAAAGGGCAAAGGGGUCCAAGAGGCCCGGAUGGCCUUCCAGGGGAGCAAGGUGUACAAGGUGCCAAGGGUGAAAAGGGAGAUCAAGGAAAAAGAGGUCCUCCUGGUCUUACUGGUAAGACUGGAAAUAUUGGAGAGAGAGGAAUUCAAGGAAAAUCAGGUUUACAAGGAACCCCUGGAAGUCCAGGCGAUAAGGGAGUUGUAGGAGAACCAGGACCACGAGGACUGCAAGGCAAGACUGGGCCACCUGGAGAAAUGGGGGCUGAGGGGCCUCCAGGCAUCGAGGGAGAACCUGGUGUGCAAGGCGAGCCAGGUGCAAAGGGAGAUGUUGGACCUGCAGGCAGUGUUGGAGGAGCUGGGGGACCAGGGUUACGGGGUGAACCAGGAGCUGCUGGAGAAGAAGGUCUCCAAGGAAAAGAUGGAUUCAAGGGAAAUCAAGGAGAUCGGGGAUUUCCUGGAGAGAAUGGAGACAAAGGCGAGAUGGGGAUGAAAGGAACUCCUGGGCCCUUGGGUAAACCAGGUCACAUGGGACUUCCGGGACCAGAAGGAACUAUGGGGGUUCCAGGACAAAGAGGUCAUCUAGGGAAAAAGGGUGAUAAAGGAGAAGCUGGAGCCACAGGAGAAGUUGGAAGCAGAGGCGCUCCCGGAAAAAUUGGGGAAAAUGGUCCUAAGGGUGCCAGAGGAACUAGAGGUGCUGUGGGUCCCGUAGGAUUGAUGGGACCUGAUGGAGAGACCGGAAUUCCAGGAUAUAAUGGCCAUCAAGGUCAACCAGGACUGUCUGGGUUACCAGGACCUAAAGGGGAGAAGGGUUACCCAGGAGAAGAUAGUACAAUCCUAGGACCACCUGGACCUCGAGGUGAACCAGGUCCAGUAGGGGAACAAGGAGAGAGAGGAGACUCUGGAGCAGAGGGCUAUAAGGGUCAUGAGGGAAUACCAGGAUUAAGAGGUGCCACUGGACCACAAGGACCCCCAGGUGAGCCAGGUGACCAGGGUGAACAAGGACUAAAAGGAGAAAGGGGCUCUGAAGGUCCUAAGGGCAAAAAAGGAACUCCUGGUCCUCAUGGAAAACGUGGGAUCCCUGGACUUCCAGGCUCCCCUGGGCUGAAGGGCAGGCAAGGUUACCCUGGACCAGCUGGGAUUUCAGGAAACCCAGGAAAAGUUGGACCACCAGGAAAACAUGGAUUUCCUGGCAUCAGAGGCGACGAGGGAAGACCAGGACUGACUGGGUCUCCAGGUCCCAGAGGAAUAAAGGGUUCCACAGGCCUGCCAGGAAGUGCUGGAAUUCUAGGUCCCAAGGGCGAACAAGGGCUACCUGGUCAACCUGGAAUUCAAGGUAAAAGAGGUCACCAAGGAGCUCAGGGCGAUCAAGGACCACGUGGAGAUCCUGGCCUAAAAGGGCAACCUGGAGAACAUGGUGAUCAAGGUUUGGCAGGCUUCCAAGGAUUCCCAGGCCCCAAAGGUCCAGAGGGGGAUGCUGGCAGUGUUGGAAUAUCGGGUCCUAAAGGGCCUCCUGGACAGAGAGGAAACACUGGCCCCCUCGGCAGAGAAGGCAUAAUAGGGCCAACAGGUAGAACUGGACUCAGAGGUGAAAAGGGCUUUAGAGGUGAAGCUGGUCCCCAAGGACCAAAAGGUCAACCUGGACCUCCAGGUCCACCUGGAGCACCAGGCCCAAGCAAACAAGUGGAUAUCAAUGCUGCUAUUGAAGCCUUGAUUGAAUCAAAUACUGCCCUACGGAUGGAGAGCUACCAGAAUACCGAAGUGACUUUAAUUGACCACAGUGCAGAAAUAUUCAAAACCCUGAACGACCUCAGCAAUUUACUGCACAGCAUCAAGAAUCCUCUUGGCACAAGGGAUAAUCCAGCACGAAUCUGCAAAGAUUUGCUCAACUGUGAGCACAAGGUAUCAGAUGGAAAAUACUGGAUUGACCCAAAUCUUGGAUGCCCUUCAGAUGCUAUUGAGGUUUUCUGCAAUUUCAGCGCUGGUGGCCAGACAUGUUUAUCUCCCGUUUCUGUGACAAAGUUGGAGUUUGCUGUUGGGAAGGUCCAGAUGAACUUCCUUCAUUUACUGAGCUCAGAAGCCACGCACGUCAUCACCAUUCAUUGUCUAAACACUGCAAGGUGGAGAAGCGCACAUACAAGUGGCCCAGGACUGCCCAUUGGUUUUAAAGGAUGGAAUGGACAGAUUUUUGAAGAAAACACUCUACUAGAACCUAAAGUACUUUCAGAUGAUUGCAAGAUUCAAGAUGGCAGCUGGCAUAAGGCAAAAUUCCUUUUUCACACCCAGGACCCUAAUCAACUGCCAGUGAUUGAAGUACAAAAACUUCCUCAUCUCAAAAUUGAACAGAAGUAUUACAUUGAAAGCAGUUCAGUCUGCUUUCUCUAAAGUCUCUGAAUUAGUUCAGAAUUCAUGCUGUUGGUCAGAUAAUUGCUGCAGAUGGGAAAACAUAGAACGAUAUGUCAACAUGAAAUGCAUGGAAUAUAAAGUGUUGGUUAAAUCUUAAAGAAUC